AAACGAAAAUUAUCGAGUCUUGUUGCGGUGAAGUUUCCAGUGGACACGGUGAAAAAGUUGAGGAGGACUGAAGGCGUCGGAUCGGUUUUCCAGGAGACGCAACAUUUUAGUACAAUCACAACAGUCAAUGGGCCCAAACGAAUAUUCUACGGGAAGCGAAGCGCACGGGUUUUCUGGAUCCUGGUGGUCUUUGCCAUUUUCAUUUUUCUGAUCUACCAAAUUGUCAUAGUGCUCAUUUAUUUUCUCUCAAAGCCCACACUAUCUCAGAUCUCGUUUAUUGCCAAUGAGGGCGGUAUGGAGUUUCCAGCAAUUACAAUUUGUAACUUGAAUCCUGUGAAAAGCUCAUUUAUCAAAAAGUUGAAUUCAACUGGAGACCUGAAUGAGGAUGUUUUGAAUUACUUGCUGGCAACAAAAACAAAUUCCAUGUACAUGUACAAUAAUGUGAAUAUCGGUUCAUUGGAACAGGGACACAACUUAUCUAUGGAGUAUCUUCGAAACCAUCCAGACCUUCAAAUCGUUGAUUUUCUAAAUUCCGCACAAUUCGAUUGUGAUGAGCUUUUCGAAACCUGCUAUUUUGGAGGAAAACGAUUCAAUUGCUGCCAAUAUAUGACCCAAUCUACAACUUCUCUUGGAAAAUGUUGGGAACUAAACCUGCAGAAUGGAUCGGAAAUAUGGAUGCAAAAAUCACAGAGAAUCUCUCCGAAAGCCGGGCUUCAGAUAGUGGCAAAUGCUAGACACGCCGAGCAAUUCACCAGUUUCCAUUAUUCAAGUUUUCAAGAAAACGGCUUCCGAUAUUUCAUUCAUCCUCCGCAAGUUAGUCCUGAUUUGGAAUCAGAAGGGAUCACAGUAUCACCAUCGAGAAUUGUCAAUUCUGCAAUCAAAGCUAUAUUGCACGAUCUUCUGAACCGUGACAACUGGGGAAACUGCACAUCUAAAUGGCCCGACGACUAUAAUACCGAUCUACCGUACUCCUCGUCUGUCUGUCAAGCUCUGUGCGUAGCGAAUCAUUUUGAGAAGCUAUGUGAAUGUAUUCCAUAUAGUUAUAACAUUAAUAAUAAACCUGAUGUGUGUUUCCCAUAUGAGGAGGUGUCCUGUAUGAAAGAUAAAAUGACAAAGAUAGAUGAAAAUGGUACCACAUCCCUAGACCUUCCAUUCUGCUCGGAAUGCCACUUGGCUUGCCAGAAAACUAGCUAUGAAUCCUACACAUCAUAUGGUCUUGGCUUCAAUAACAGUUCAAUGAAAUGGCUCAAAAAUUUGACUGGCUAUAAAGAAAGAUACAUACGGGAAAACAUUGUGGUGAUAAAUAUUCUUUUUAUGGAACUAUUCUACACUUCCUAUACCCAAGUGAAGAAUACAUCGAUUUGGAGUACUUUCAACAAAAUAUUUAAUUUGAAUAGUUUGUGGUUUGGAAUGUCAGUGGUUUCGAUGAUAGAGUUGAUUCUGUAUCUGACUAAAAUUUCCUGGAUAGCAGUUUCCAGGAAAAGAAGGCAUCACUUGUUCGAGAAGAAAAUGUCGGUGAAGAGAAUCGAAGACAUUCUAAAAGAGGCUGUACAAGAGAACGAAGAGAUAAAAUCUAGAAGAAAUUCUGCGGCGAACCUCAAAGACUUUGACGAUGAAGAAGAUUAUGAUCUUUGGUACAGGAAUCCUCAUCCGUAUUCGAAUACUAGUUUGGAUAGUGUAAUUCAAAUGGCGAUAGACUUUGAAAAAUUCCGACGCCCUUCAUCGAAAAGUUUGGCAAAUAUAGUAGAGGAAGAGGAAGAC